AUGAUAGUUAAUGUGGAGAGUCAAAGAGGGAUUGGACAUAGUCAUGUUACAGGAAUGACUAAUGAUGCCAGUGACACUAAUGCUCUUAUGACCAAUAGAAUCCAACCUACUAUGGCUAACAGAAUUCAAACAGCUGGUCCUGCUGCUUGCUGGUCUAACAGAAGUGUUUAUAGUGGUUAUCACAACAGUUUCAGGUCUAGGACUAAUAGUUCUGAUAAGUCACAUCUUUACUGUGAGCUUUGCAAGAAUAAAGGUCAUACAAAGGAUAUUUGUUUCAAACUGCAUGGUUAUCCAGUUCAUUUCAAGUUCAAGAAGAAAGGAGGACCUGUAAACUCAUAUGCUAACAAUGCAAUGACCACAGAAGAUCAAUACCAGUCAAACUACUCUAAUGCACCUGGUUUCACUCCUAGUUCAGGAUCAAAUAGUUCAGUACCAAACACACCUAUGUCAUUCUUUACUCAGGAGCAACACUCUCAUAUCAUGCAAAUGCUCAAGGUAAAUGAUCAUGAACCUAUUGCAAACAGUGCCAGGUUGAACUCAGGAGCUAGAUCUUCAAGGAACACACCAGGUACAUCUGCUACUGGAAGGCUUAGAGUGCUGGAUGUGAAAGAUAAGAACAAGGUGAAUUUACCAAAUGGUAAACCGGUAGAUAUCAGCCACAUUGGUGAUGACAUCUCCAUUGGAAAAGUGUUAAGAAUUGGUAGAGAGGAUGAUGGCCUCUAUAUCUUACAGGCAGAUCAAUCAGAACUCAGUUUAACACUGGGGGUGAAGUGUUUGAGAACUGAUAAUGGAACUGAGUUCCUCAAUGAACAAGUUAGUUCCUUACUCAAAGAUCAUGGUAUGCUCCAUCAGACCUCUUGUGUGUACACACCCCAACAGAAUGGGGUGGUGGAAAGGAGGCAUAGAACCAUCUUGGACAUGGCUAGAGCUUUAAGAUUUCAAGCUCAUAUGCCCUUGAAAUUCUGGGGUCAUUGUGUCUCCACUUCUGUCUACUUGCUAAAUAGGUUGCCUAGUCAAGCUCUAUAUGGUCUAUCUGCUUAUGAAAAAUUGUUUCAAACUGCUCCAUUAAUAGAUCACUUAAAAGGAUACAUACUGUUUGAUCUAACUUUUAAAGAUAUCUUUGCUAGUAGAGACACAGUCUUUGAAGAAGAUAUUUUUCCUUUCAAAUCCACUCAAUCUGAUAUUUCCCCUAUCUUUCCUAUCUUAACUCUUACUUCUGAUGAUGAAGGUGUUUCUUCCUUCUCUUAUACUCCUCCAGUCCUAUCCUCUCCACCUGACUCUCUUAGCCAUGACACUGAUCAUACUGUACCCUCACUAGAUCUUGUUUCUUCUCCUACUUCACCUUGUGUUGUUCUUCCUCCUACUUUUCCUUCUGUUCUUUCUGAUGAUGUGAGAAAAUCCUCUAGAUCCAUCAAACCUCCUGCCUGGAUGACUGACUAUGCCAUGCCUUCUAAACCUAGAACUUCUGCACAUAUUUUUGCUAGUUUUGUUUCUUAUGAUCAUUUAUCCCCUCAUCACAAAGCAGCUCUAACUGCUUUCUCUGUUAUUUUUUAA